CUCACAGGAUGCUGGAAACAGGUUAUCUUUCCCAUGACGUCACAUCAGCUGCAUCCGCCUCUCGCGCUCUAUUGCAUCCUGUCAAAGCUCCAUCAGGUCGUGUUCGGGAUAUAUAUUAAAUAUAAUACUACAACUAGUGAAAAUAACGCGCUUUGCUCAGGUCAACGUUUUAUCCAGGAGGUAAACCUCUCAUCCAGGAGGUAAAUAUGGCUGCUCAGGAUAUGCAGCCGAAUGAAACCGUAGCGAAGCUGAAAUCUGAGUCGGAGACGCUGAAGUCGAAGCUGGAAGAGGAGCGGGCCAAGUUGCAUGAUGUGGAGUUGCACCAGGUGGCAGAGAAGGUGGAGUCUCUGGGCCAAUUCGUCAUGAAGACAAGGAGAACUCUGAAAGGACACGGCAAUAAAGUGCUUUGCAUGGACUGGUGUAAAGACAAGAGGAGAAUUGUGAGCUCGUCCCAGGAUGGAAAGGUGAUUGUGUGGGAUGCAUUUACAACCAACAAGGAGCAUGCGGUGACCAUGCCAUGUACAUGGGUGAUGGCCUGUGCAUAUGCCCCUUCUGGAUGUGCAGUAGCAUGUGGUGGACUUGACAACAAGUGUUCUGUGUACCCACUAUCUCUGGAUAAGAACGAGAACCUGGCAGCGAAGAAGAAGUCCGUAGCAAUGCACACCAAUUACUUGUCUGCCUGCAGCUUCACCAACUCAGACAUGCAGAUCCUGACAUCGAGUGGUGAUGGAACAUGUGCAUUGUGGGAUGUAGAAAGUGGGCAGCUGCUCCAGAGUUUUCAUGGUCAUGCAGCUGAUGUGCUUUGCCUGGACCUCGCUCCGUCUGAGACUGGCAACACCUUUGUCUCUGGGGGCUGUGAUAAGAAGGCAAAUGUAUGGGACAUGCGCACAGGACAAUGCAUCCAGUCAUUUGAAACCCAUGAGUCAGAUAUUAACAGUGUGCGAUACUAUCCAAGUGGAGACGCAUUUGCCUCUGGUUCAGAUGAUGCUACUUGCCGUUUGUACGAUCUGAGGGCCGACAGAGAAGUGGCCAUUUAUUCCAAGGAGAGCAUCAUAUUUGGAGCUUCCAGUGUAGAUUUCUCUCUCAGUGGCAGACUACUGUUUGGUGGCUACAACGAUUACACCAUCAACGUGUGGGACGUUCUGAAGGGGACCCGAGUAUCCAUUUUGUUCGGACACGAGAACCGAGUCAGUACUCUUCGCAUCUCUCCAGAUGGGACAUCCUUCUGCUCAGGGUCCUGGGACCACACUUUACGGGUCUGGGCUUGAACAGCAGCUUGCUUUGCCUGCUAGAUUCUCACUGGCAUUGACAUCAACAGCAACAUUCACUAGAACAACUAUUAACUUAACGUGUUGGAUUUAUAAGAAAUGCACAGUAGAUUAGAACAGGAUUAAAGAAAGACUGUAGUCUACAGACAAGAGCACAAUGUUUAUUAGUUGUUAUUGUUUGUUUUUUUUUGUUUUUUUGAUAAAUACAGGACCAAAUCUUGGCCAGAAACACUAGCUUUAUCUGAAAUCUUAUACUAUGGGCAGAUUAUCAAAGUAAAUACUUCUCACUAAUUCAUGAAGUGCAUGCAAUUUCUAAACAACACUAUAAAUAAUGCGCUAUCACUUCACACUGUCUGUGUUUAUACCUGUCACCUGCUAUCUUCAACUACCAGUGAAAUAAACAGCUAGAGCUUGAAGAGAAUAAGUUAAUAUAUCGACGUCAACAAUUGUGAAGAAGUUUUGUCUUAUUUAUAAUUUAAAGCGGCAGUUGCCUUAUUUUUAAUUUUUGUUUUUAUUUUAUUGUAAUUUUUUAAUUGUACAUAUUUAAAAUAGCAAGAUCGUACAUGGACGUUACAUGGAAUUGGAAUACAUGGAUUUCAGCUAGAACUGUAUUCUUCUUUCUUCUAUACUUCAUCACUAUAUUAAUAACCAGCCCUCGUACACACUCCUGUAACUGACCUUUUUUUUUGUUACCUUUAUGUCUAGACAGAUAUAACAUAAGUCAUUAAACAUAUCUAAAUUGCAAAUGUA